AUGAAACGAGUGCUGCACGUUCGUAACGUCGCCCGCGUCAACUCUGGUGGAAAAGUGCGGUCCGUCUCUGCUCUCGUCGUGGUGGGGAAUGGCCAGGGGGCGGCGGGAUAUGGCGAGGGCAGGGCUGUUGAUGCUGCCGCGGCGGUGCAGAAAGCGACGAGGUCGGCCGAGAAGAACAUGACGACCUUUUCGAGGUUCAAUAACCGGACGAUCUUCUCAAACAUCGAUUUCAAUUGGAAGUCGGUGCAGUUACAUUUGAGGAGUGCGCCUCCAGGUUACGGAAUUGUCGCAAACAACCACAUCCACGAGAUCUGCCGUUGCAUCGGCAUCUCCGAUCUGGGCGCCAAAGUCUACGGCUCGCGCAACCCCAUGAACGUGAUCAAAGCCACCUUUGCGGCGCUCGCGCAACAGAGGCGGCCGGAGGAUAUUGCCUUGGCGAGGGGGAAGAAGGUUAUGGAUGUUGAGCUGGCGUAUUAUGGGCAUAAUGCGGAGAAUACGAGGGAUACGGCUAAGCCGGAGCGAUGA